GAUGAGAAUUUGUUUGCCAAUCCCAUUUACGUGAAUCACCCCAAUACAACCUGUGGCGUUUUCUUGCCGGACGUGUGUAUAACGGACCUUGAAGCUUACGAAACCGAUGACGACAUAAUCAAUGGGACCCCCGACAAACAGAUUUUCCUUGCGUUUGAAAAUUAUCUGUUGGAUUUCAACACUGUAUUUGCCGAAAACAGCUAUGAACACUUUAUGAAUAUUCAUGACGAUAUUAUGCUUCAGGGCAGCAUCAACAAUAUCAGUUUCACGUAUCCACCAUUCUCAUUGUUAACCCAACCAGAACUGAUCUCAGAAGAAAUGUUUUGUGACGAAAAUGUCAGGCAAACACGUUGCGAAGGUCAUCCACAUUGUACCUGCAUUCAUAGAUUGAAGAUUCCCUUGGGAUCAUUGGUCGAAUUGUAUAUCCUGGACCACACGGCGGAGGUUAACCCACUAAAUCAUCCAUUCCACCUACAUGGCUACCAGAUGUACGUAAUGGCAAUGGGUCAGGAUCCUCAACGCCCAAUUACUCUGGCCCGAGCUCAAAGUAUUGCUCGCCAUCGGGCACUGCACCGGACACGGGUGGAGAAAUUUCCCCCUGUCAAAGAUACGGUUUCAAUUCCCAGCAAAGGUUACACCGUUGUGCGUUUCCGAGCAGACAAUCCCGGUUUCUGGUUGAUGCAUUGCCACUUCGAGUGGCACACGGCAGUUGGAAUGGCUUUGGUAUUGCAGGUUGGAGAGCACCAAGACUUUGUACAAGCACCGAGCGGGUUCCCAACGUGCAACAAGUAUCAACCAGCUGUUGAUGAGUCACUCUUCGCUCUGUGAUUAUUCGUUAGCUAAUAUUUAUUACUAGUUUUUGUUUUUAGUGUUAUAGGUAACAUAGGCGCAAACUGUAUAGAAUUAUUGGAGGGCCAAAGGAGUUUUAAACAUAUGUGUUUUUGCAAAGGUUCAGUUUUGAUAGUAACCAACAUAGACCAUAAAAAUGACGUGAGGGUUGUGAAGUUAAAAAAAAAAAACUAUCAGGAAUACGAAAUUAGGAGAUUUUUUUUUAAUAGGGCGAAAUGAUAUGUUACCCCUUGGUGUUGGCGGCUAUGUAAAGUAAACCGAAACGUUCAACUAUUAAUCCAAGACAAUGUGAACAUUGUCGUAUAAAAAAAAUAAACUCAAUUGAUUUCAUCUGUAAACUCGAA